AUGUGGAGGAGAACACUUCUUAUAAGUUUGAUAUAGAAAUUUCCCAUAGAUGGCGCUGUUUGCCCUUGAUUUGCCCAUGAGAAAAAUUUUUUUUGUUCGACCAGUACCAUAUGGUUUGGUCAAACCAGAAAAUUUUUCUCAUGGGCAAAUCAAGGGCAAACAGCGCCAUCUAUGGGAAAUUUCUAUACUUUUCGGCUUAGUUGCAGGUCAAGACGCAACAACUGAAGAGCAGGCACCAGAAGAGACAACUGAAGAGCAAGCUUCUGAAGAGUCCGCUGAGGAGCAGGCUCCAGAAGAGACAACAGGAGAUGCCACUACUGUGUCAGUUCCUGGAGUAGAUGAGCCUUUGGUUUGUCCAAAAUACAAAUGCUCUGAUAAAGAAACAGAUACUUGCCUCAACUACGAUGAUGCAUCCUAUACUUACACCUUAGGAGGCUGCACUGGAGAUCUUCAUUGCCCAUAUUUCGCUCUCAAUGUUUCCGAAGCAGUCCCUUGCGUGACUGAAGAUGAUCCAAAAAUCGAUGAUCUCACUUGCAUUGAGUACCUCAAAAAGAACGAUGUCUGUGUCCAAGGCGAGUCAUUCUGCCACCCAGAUUAUUUCUGCAAAAACAAUGAAACUAAUUUUUAUUGCGCAAAAAGAGUUGGUGAAGGCAAGCAAUGUCAAUUCUUAGAUGAAUGCAAGGUUGGACAUAUUUGCAACCAAGGGAAGUGCAUUAAGUAUUGGACAGUUGAAGACGGAGAAGCAGCAGAUUCAUUAUUUGCUUGCAAAUCUGCCGCUGUAAAGGAUGGAGUUUGUCAAGCUACUCAAAAGACUGUUGGGGAUUUACCAAAGAAAUGUCAGCUGCAUAGCGAUUGCACAGCCAGCAAUGGAGCUCCUGGACAAUGCGUUUGCGUUCCAGAUAGCAAAGGACACUCCUACUGUGCACUUCAUCAAUCAGAUGACCUUACCAAAGAAUGGCUUGCAACUGCUAGUGAUGGAAAUGUUGAAAAAACAGCUUAUUUAUACAUCAAAGCUGUAAAUUAUCCAGUCAUCGAAAAAGCAAGCGACUGCUAUAUUGAUGAUGCAAUCGAUUUUGUUCCUUAUAAGAAGUUAAAGAAAUGGCAUAAGGAAUGUAAGAGCGCAGAAAGUUCAGGAGUAAUUCUUGCUAUUUCAGCAGCGAUAUUAGCUUUAUUCUAA